GUACCUAAUCACCUACGAUCGGUUCCGGUUCCUCGCAUCUCCAGGCGGUCUCGCAGCAUGUCAUUCAACCGUAUCCUUGCUCUUUCUCUCAGCUGGCAUAUGAAAUGCAAUACUGGCGAGCUGCUCCGUAUUCUCGAUAAAGGAAGCGCAAUAAACCGUGUUAGCGAGCUUAUUUGGUUCAUGGUGAUUCCUGCACUCGUGGAUAUAUGUGCUGCGCACGUCGUGUUUAUUGUGAGAUUCGAACCUGCGUUGGGCGUUGUGGUUAGAGUCGUGAUGGAAAGUUAUAUCUGGGCGAAUAUCACGCUUACGAGCUAUGUGUGGUGAGUGCUCAGUGCUGCUUCGUUCUGUCUAUGAUUAUGAAGUGGAUCAUAAUUGCACGCAUGCUCAGGUCACGCGUUGGAUCUAUACGGAUUGUCUCCUUAAUUACGAGACUGUCGAGUAUUUCGGUGGGGAGAGUACGAGACGCAGAGGUAUACAGAGGCUAUUGGGGAGUAUCAGAG